CCAUCUCCUACUUUUUCUUCUUCUUAAUUUUUGCUUUGUGAAAAUUAAGAAGAAAAUCGUAAAAAUGGAGGGAGAUUUGAUGCCUUUCUUGACAAUGGUAGUGGUGCAAUUGGGCUAUGCCGGCAUGAAUAUUAUAUCGAAACUCGCUAUGGAUUCAGGAAUGAACCCUUUUGUUCAAGUCGCGUACCGUCAAAUAUUUGCAACGGUUGCUAUAGCACCUUUUGCUUAUUUCGUCGAGAGAAUUACGGUGAACCAAAUCACUUAUUUUGUGGGACUGAAAAAUUCAACCCCUACAACUGCAUGUGCCUUGAGCAAUAUCAACCCAGCUGUCACAUUUAUCAUGGCUCUUCCUUUUGGACUAGAAAAAUUGGGUUUGAAGAGCAAGGCAGGACAAGCCAAAGUAUUAGGGACAUUAGUAUGUGUUGGGGGAGCAAUCUUAGUGUCGUUUUACCAUGGACAGAUAGUCAAUAUUGGGCAAUCCGGCAUUCACUGGAAAUAUGCAGAGACAACAUCUUCAGCAAGCCCAACGGCCCAUCUCAACUUCAUAUUGGGCCCAUUUCUUCUUCUCGUCAGCGCCAUUUCAUGGGCCGCUUGGCUAAUAGUCCAGACAAGAAUAAGCCAGAAGUACGGCUCUCCUUAUUCAAGCUCGGCAAUAAUGUGCCUAAUGGCGAGUGUCCAAUGUGUCAUUGUUGCCAUUUGUUUUGACCAUUCUAUAUCCGCUUGGUCACUCCGUUCCAGCAUUAGGAUUGUAUCUUCAAUUUAUUCGGGAAUAGUGUGUUCUGCUCUGGCAUUUGGGCUCAUGUCAUGGUGUAUUGAAAGGAAAGGCCCACUUUAUGUAUCCGUGUUUAGUCCAUUGCUUUUAGUUAUUGUGGCUAUUCUAAGUUGGGCUUUGCUUGAUGAAAAGCUCUAUGCCGGAACCCUUGUAGGGUCAAGUUUGAUUGUUUUGGGACUGUAUGGAGUAUUAUGGGGUAAGAAAAAGGAAAUGAUCAAUUUAAAGGGUGACAAUGACAAUAUUCAAGAAUUAGGAGGUGAUCAUAAGAAAGGCAAUCAAAAUGUCGAUGCUGAUUAUGACUUAGAGUCACUUUCGUCCGCCAAUAUUCAUGAACACAAAACUGGGCAUUGAUGCUUUUGAUCACGUCACAGCUGGCCAAGUGCUCUUUCUAAACAUAGACAUGCAAAACGGAUUUACUUGGUCCUAGCUUAACAAGCUUUGGAGAUAAUAACUUAUUCUCUAGGUUAUAUUGGAGUGGAGGAUAAUUUAUUUAUUAAUUUAUGUAGGUUACAUUCGCAAGAGUACUUAUAGUAUAUGGGAUAUGAAUUAUGAUACACAGUCGUGUAACUUAGUAGUACUGUUUGAUUAGUAGGAUGAAAAAUUUGUCUUUGGCUUGCUCUUUUAUCUUGUUUUCUGAACUUGAAACAUUUAAAAAAAUGUAUGUAAUCAAUCCC